AGUCCUUCCCGCUCGCCCGGGCCGCGCGCUGUGGGGGCCUCGCAAGAUGGCGGCCGCGGCCGGGGCGCUGAGCGCGGCGGCCGCGCCGGGCCCGGCGGACGCCAAGCGGCUGAAGCUGAGCGAGCUGCGCGUCAUCGACCUCAAGUCGGAGCUCAAGCGGCGCAACCUGGACGUGGCGGGCGUCAAGACGGUGCUCGUGGCGCGCCUCAAGCAGGCUAUUGAAGAGGAAGGAGGCGAUCCUGAUAAUAUUGAAUUAACUGUUUCGACUGAUACUCCAAACAAGAAGCCAACCAAAGGCAAAGGUAAAAAACAGGAAGCAGAUGAGUUGAGUGGAGAUGCUUCUGUGGAAGAUGAUUCUUUUGUCAAGGACUGUGAAUUGGAGAAUCAAGAGGCACAGGAACAAGAUGGAAAUGACGAGCUAAAGGAUUCUGAAGAAUUUGGUGAAAAUGAAGAAGAAAAUGUGCAUUCCAAGGAAUUACUUACUGCAGAAGAGAACAAGAGAUCUCAUGAAUUAAUAGAGGCAGAAGCAGUAGAAGAUAUAGAAAAAGAGGACAUCGAAAGUCAGGAAAUUGAAGCUCAAGAAGGUGAAGAUGAUACCUUUCUAACUGCCCAAGAUGGUGAGGAAGAAGAAAAUGAGAAAGAUAUAGCAGGUUCUGGUGAUGGUACACAAGAAGUAUCUAAACCUCUUCCUUCAGAAGGGAGCCUAGCUGAGGCUGAUCACACAGCUCAUGAAGAGAUGGAAGCUAAUGCGACUGUGAAAGAAGCUGAGGAUGACAACAUCUCGGUCACAAUCCAGGCUGAAGAUGCCAUCACUCUGGAUUUUGAUGGUGAUGACCUCCUAGAAACAGGUAAAAAUGUGAAAAUUACAGAUUCUGAAGCAAGUAAGCCAAAAGACGGGCAGACCACCAUUGCACAGAGCCCGGAGAAGGAAAGCAAGGAUUGCGAGAUGAACGUGAACCAUAAAGAUGGUAAGAAGGAAGACUGCGUGAAGGGUGACCCUGUCGAGAAGGAAGCCAGAGAAAGUUCUAAGAAAGCAGAAUCUGGAGACAAAGAAAAGGAUACUUUGAAGAAAGGGCCCUCGUCUACUGGGGCCUCUGGUCAAGCAAAGAGCUCUUCAAAGGACUCUAAAGACAGCAAGACAUCAUCCAAAGACGACAAAGGAAAUACAAAUAGUACUAGUGGUAGCAGUGGAAGCUCAACUAGAAAUAUCUGGGUUAGUGGACUUUCUUCGAAUACCAAAGCUGCUGAUUUGAAGAACCUCUUCGGCAAAUAUGGAAAGGUUUUGAGUGCAAAGGUAGUCACAAAUGCUCGGAGUCCUGGGGCCAAGUGCUAUGGCAUCGUGACUGUGUCUUCUAGCACCGAGGUGUCUAGGUGCAUUGCCCAUCUCCACCGCACUGAACUGCAUGGGCAGCUGAUAUCUGUUGAAAAAGUUAAAGGUGAUCCUUCUAAGAAAGAAUUAAAGAAGGAAAAUGAUGAAAAGAUUAGUUCAAGAGGUUCUGGAGACAAGAAAAAUACAAGUGAUAGAAGUAGCAAGAUGCAAGCAUCUAUCAAAAAAGAAGAGAAGAGGUUGUCUGAGAAAUCUGAUAAAAAAGAAAACAAGGAUGCUAAGAAAAUAGAAAAUAAAGACGAGAAGAAUGAUAAUGGAGCAAGUGGCCAAAUUUUAGAAUCGACGAAAAAAAGUGAAGACAAGAAGCGAAUAAGCUCAAAGAGUCCAGGACAUAUGGUAAUACUAGACCAAACUAAAGGAGAUCAUUGUAGACCAUCAAGAAGAGGAAGAUAUGAGAAAACUCAUGGAAGAAGUAAGGAAAAAGAGAGAGCUAGUUUAGAUAAAAAGAGGGAUAAAGACUACAGACGGAAAGAUAUCUUGCCUUUUGAAAAGAUGAAGGAGCAAAGAUUAAGAGAGCACUUAGUUCGUUUUGAAAGAUUGCGGCGAGCAAUGGAACUUCGAAGACGAAGAGAGUUUGCAGAAAGAGAGCGUCGAGAGCGAGAACGCAUUAGAAUAAUUCGUGAACGGGAAGAACGGGAACGCUUACAGAGAGAGAGAGAGCGCCUAGAAAUUGAAAGGCAAAAACUAGAGAGAGAGAGAAUGGAACGCGAACGCUUGGAAAGGGAACGCAUUCGUAUUGAACAGGAACGGCGUAAGGAAGCUGAACGCAUUGCUCGGGAGCGGGAGGAGCUGAGACGACAACAGCAACAGCUUCGCUAUGAACAAGAAAAAAGAAAUUCUUUGAAGCGUCCCCGUGAUGUAGAUCAUAGGCGCGAUGAUCCUUACUGGAGCGAGAAUAAAAAGUUAUCUCUAGAUACAGAUGCACGGUUUGCCCAUGGAUCUGACUACUCUCGCCAACAGAACCGAUUUAGUGACUUUGAUCACCGAGAGAGGAACAGGUUUCCUGAGAGCUCAGUGCAGACAUCAUUUGAAAGGCGAGAACGCUUUGUUGGUCAAAAUGAAGGAAAAAAGGCACGUCCUGGACGCAGAGAAGAUGCUGGCUUUGAACGGUAUCCCAAAAGUUUCAGCGAUUCCAGAAGGAAUGAACCUCCACCAAGAAAUGAACUUAGAGAGACAGAUAGGCGAGAAGUGCGAGGGGAUCGGGAUGAGCGAAGGACAGUGAUGAUCCACGACAGGGCAGGCAUCCCACACACUCGGCAUCCCCGGGAUGCUGGCCCCACCCCAUCACGGCCAGCAGCCUGGAAGAGUGAAGGUGCCAUGUCCUCUGACAAACGGGAGGCCAGAGUUGAGCGAUCAGAGCGAUCUGGUAGAGAAGUAUCAGGUCACAGCGUGAGAGGGGUCCCCCCUGGGACUCGAAGCAAUGCUUCAGGCUACGGGGCCAGAGAUGGAGACCGUGGAGUCAUCACAGAUCGAGGGAGUGGGGCACAGCACUAUCCUGAAGAACGCCAUGUGGUUGAGCGCCAUGGUCGGGACACGAGUGGACCAAGGAAAGAAUGGCAUGGGCCACCCUCACAGGGACCUAGCUACCAUGACACUCGGCGGAUGGGUGAUGGCCGGACAGGGGCAGGCAUGAUGACCCAGCAUGGAAGCAAUGCAUCUCCCAUUAAUAGAAUUGUACAAAUUGGUGGCAAUUCCAUGCCUAGAGGAAGUGGCUCCGGAUUUAAGACAUUUAAAGGUGGACCUCCACGACGAUUCUGAGAAGCAGCUCUUUGCCAUGGUUUCAAGUUAAUUUAUUGGAAUCUUCUGUAAACUUUACUUGACGACUUACAAAGAGGACCUCUGGCUUGCUUGAGAAGUCUGUCAGGCUAUUUUUUUUUUGUUGUUCUUUUUUUGUUUUUAAUUUAACAUGAUUGCUUUUCUCAGUUUUGGAGAAGACGUUUAAAUAGUUCUGUUGUAACUUUUAAUAGUUUUAUGUAUCAUUCGACCUUUUUUUCUUGCACUCAGAGACACAUUUGAAAUGAUUGGAAUCAAAACCAUUUUGUUUAAUGCUGUGUGAAUAUGAAGAAUAGUUUUCAGCUGUGUGGUGGUAGUUCAUUUGCAGCAUUAGCUUUGUAAUAUCUGACCCUGGGAUUUUUCUCACCAUGGUUGCCAGUCUCCAUUUUGAAGGCUGCCUCAGCUUACAAGGUUUCCUGUCUUAAUUUCUAGAGAAUAAGAUUGUUCCUUGCGUUUCUGAGUACUAUGUAACCUAUUUUUGCAGAAGGUACUGUUACACAUUAAGUGCACCUGUGUAUCCAGGUUUUAAAAAAAUGUACUUUUUUUUAAAUAAACCUUCAUAUUCUGUAUAGUUGCCGAAGCGUUGGAAACCUUUUUAAUUGUAAACGAAACCGAUGUUCAGUGUAGUAGCAUCACACUUGUUUAAAUCUGCAUGGUAUGAAGUCAAAUAGAUGAAUGAAACCUUGGCCAGGAGGUUUGCGCACGGAGACCCUUAAACUGAGUUGUGCAGGUAAGUGCACUUUUGGGUCAUCUGUACUGUGUGAUGGGAAAAUUCCAACUCUGGGAAUUGUGUGGGUCUUAAUGUUUCCAUGUUCCCAACUAUGUUGAGAAGUGGGAAAAAACCCAGGUUCUAAAUUGGUGAAUCAGUUGGGUUUUGUAAAUACUUGUAUGUGGGAAGGCAUUGUUGUCUCUUUGUGAAAAUAAAAAUCCACACUUGGAA